GCCCGGGACCCGCGGGCUCUGCGGGGAAAGGGCUGCUUUUGGGGGAAUGGCGCUUGUUAGCCGCCACUGCCCUAGUUUAAAGCUCUGCCUUGGAGGUUUUCUGCACAGAUUGCAGCUUUCUGUUGGGAUUUUUUGGAAUGUCACGGCGUUUUAGUGCUGGGUGUCAGAGGUGAUCCCUUGGUGAGGUCGUGGGGAGCCCCUGCAGCACUUGCUGGGCGAUGGCAGUGGAGGCUGUGUCUCGGGGGUGGGACGGGAAAACGAAACGUGACUGAGAUCCUGUUUGGAUAUUCUGCUGAAGUUGUCAUGUUUCUGUUCAGUACACCAGUUCCACACAGCAAGUUGAUAAACCUGGUUGUGGGAUUUCGUGAUACAAGAGAGAUAUAGACCUGGGGUGACCUGGUUUGCCUAAGACUGUUUGGGAUAGCACAAGCAUCUGUUUCCAAGAGGUCUCCUGGCUCCUGGGCUCCUGAAGACGCAGUGCUGGAGCAGAUGGAUAAUGGAGACUGGGGCUAUAUGAUGACUGACCCAGUCACAUUAAAUGUAGGUGGACACUUGUACACAACGUCUCUUACCACAUUGACACGCUACCCAGAUUCCAUGCUUGGAGCUAUGUUUGGGGGGGACUUCCCCACAGCCCGAGACCCUCAAGGCAAUUACUUCAUUGAUCGAGAUGGACCCCUUUUCCGCUAUGUCCUCAACUUCUUACGAACUUCAGAAUUGACCCUCCCCCUGGAUUUUAAGGAAUUUGACCUGCUUCGGAAAGAAGCUGAUUUUUAUCAGAUUGAACCCUUGAUUCAGUGUCUCAAUGACCCUAAGCCUUUGUAUCCUAUGGAUACUUUUGAAGAAGUUGUAGAGCUGUCUAGUACUCGGAAGCUUUCUAAAUAUUCCAAUCCUGUGGCCGUCAUCAUAACCCAAUUAACCAUCACCACCAAGGUCCAUUCCUUAUUAGAAGGCAUCUCAAAUUAUUUCACCAAGUGGAAUAAGCACAUGAUGGACACCAGAGACUGCCAGGUGUCCUUCACCUUUGGACCGUGCGAUUAUCACCAGGAAGUCUCCCUCCGGGUCCACCUGAUGGAAUACAUUACAAAGCAAGGUUUCACAAUCCGAAACACUCGGGUGCAUCACAUGAGCGAGCGGGCCAAUGAGAACACAGUUGAGCACAACUGGACUUUCUGUCGACUGGCCCGGAAGACAGAUGACUGAUGGCUUGUCCUCAGGGAACUUCCUGCAAGCUCACGUUUUAGGACAUGGAAAAGACUGUUGUUAUUUUUUUUUUUUUUUAAAUCAAAGUAU